AUGUAUAGCCAGCUACAUAGAUUCCCUUUGGACCGAACAAGGAAGACAGUCCGCAGCACCUUCAAGAGUAUUUUUUUGUCCGUAUGGCAGAACAGGAUAUACUUGCACACAGCUGCCGAUGUUUUGGUUGGAAUUUGGUUCUCAGAUGGUUACAGUGUUAAGAAAGUGGUUCAUGUAUCUAAAGCACUGAUAUUCUUUGGAUCACAGACUGGAACUGCAAAGCUCCAGUGCUCCAAGUUGAUCUGUAUGUUCCUAUUGGCUAUGUACACUGACAGACAGCCCACAGAAAAUGCUGAAUGGUUCUGGAGGUGUCUGGAGGAGGCAUCCACUGACUUCAGAUAUGGGAAAGCCUACCUGAAAGGACUGAGAUAUGCAGUGUUUGGCCUGGGCAACUCUGUGUAUGGCAGCCAUUACAAUACGGUGAGUAAGAACGUGAACAAGUGGCUGUGGAUGCUGAGUGGCAUCCGGGUUCUGUCCAGAGGAGAUGGCAACUGCAACGUAGUGAAGAGCCACAAUGGCAGCCUGCAGGCUGACAAGUUCCUGAGCUGCCUGCAGGCCCUGGUUGCAGGGCAGAAGAACUGUAGUGGAAACUGUAAGAUGUGCAGCUCCUGUAAGACCAGGAACAGGAAGAAACCACAGAAGAAGACUGAGGACUAUCAGGCAUUUCCAGAACAGCUCAGCUCUAAGGAGGAGCUGGUAGAGUCCGGUAGUGAUGAGGAGACAGCUGGGUCAGAGGAGAAUAGCCCAGGCUCAGUCAUCGAUGUGGAGGAUCUAGGAAACAUCUUGAACGGCAUCAAGAAAACCAAGAAGAGAGAGCAGAGCCAGGAGGAUGGACAGAUUGUGAAGCUGUCCAUGCUGAACGGAAUGAUGAAGGCUGAGGAAAAGGAGGAGAGGAGAGAGUUGAUCACUGCUGCCCUGAGGGAGGCCCUGACUAAGCAAGGAUACAAACUCAUAGGAAGUCACUCAGGAGGCAAGCUUUGUCGUUGGACCAAGUCCAUGCUAAGAGGAAGAGGAGGUUGUUACAAGCACUCCUUUUAUGGCAUCGAGUCCCACAGGUGUAUGGAGUCCACCCUUAGCCUCGUCUGUGCCAACAAGUGUGACUUCUGCUGGAGGUGGUGGCGCUGGAAGAUGGACCUGCCUGAGAAGAUACUACUGGAGGCUGUGGAGAACCACCAGAACAUGUUCCAACAGCAAGGGGGAGUGAACAAGUGUACAUCACAGGCAGAGGAGGUUUGCGUAGUCAUUAGGCUCUCCAACUUCAUGGUCCCCAAGGCACAGUUCCCCCAGGAGAUCAGGUGGGGGUGCCUCUGAAGUCUGGUACCGGUGACCAAGCUGUAUGUGAGUGUGGGUGCCGGCACCAAGGGCAGUCUGAAAAAGAUCGACCGGCUGCUCUUCAAAGACUUCUGGCCGAGGUUCCUGGACAGCCUCAAGGCUCUGGGUGAAAAGUUCAAGGUGGAGGGAGAGUGGUGGACGUGGAUAGACUACGAGCGGUUCCAGGAGCUUGUCCAUGCCUGAGGCAGCCAGACCUUCUCUGCCCAGGACUACAUGGCCAAGACCCCGACCCAGGCCCUGUUUGGUGCCCAGGAGUGAGGCUUCGACCCAACAGACACACGCUACCAGAUGAGACACAAGACCAAAGAUAUCUCAGGAUGCUGUGAGAGGACCUGCAACAUGCCCACCUACUCAGUCCCGCUGGAGGGACGUUGUCGUCAAGGAGACGGAUGUGUCACCUGCCUUCUGAGUCGAGAACUUUUCUUCAUCACCAUCAUCAUUGCUCAGGGUCUCGUAACUGAGCACUUUGACAGGCACCAGGGAGGGAGGGAGGGGGCCAACCUGAAAGUUCCAGUCCCCGCCGACCACCUGCGUCUCCUCAGGCGCUACCUGUGA